GAUGGAACGCAGAGCGUAAUUUUGCGUCGCGGGUUAAUUAAUUAAAAUUUACUUCCUGUUUACAAAUGUUUUAAUUUUUCGUAGUUUAUUUGUGCACUGUUGAUAUUUUCUUCCUGAUAUUGCUGAAUUUAUCUGAAGAAUGCAUUGAGAUUAAAUUAACUUUGUGAUGGUCUCGGAACUUGUACAAACAUGGCACAGAGAGAUAUAGAAGGUCGUCUCUAUGGGACACUGAUAUUAGAGGAUGAUAACCACAAAUUUGUAAAGAAGGGUGAAAGAUUCUUCCUCCUUGAUUUGAAAGAAGGAAGAUUAAAGCUAUACUAUGACCGUCCUGAUCGCCUGCCGAAGACGUCAAAUUCUCCUUGUCAAGAAAUACAACUAAAUUUUAUAUCAAAGGUUAGUGAUGCAAGAAAAGUGCGUCCAAAGGCUGGCAAUUGUUUUUGUAUAACUCAUGCCGGGGACCAGAUUUAUAUCCAGGCAACCAGUGAAAAAGAAAUGCAGUACUGGAUUGAUGAGCUGAAUGAAGCAUGUAAAAUAACAGUACCAAUUGCUCAAACUCCAACAUUGGCCCCAGGCAACUCUCGUUACGAAGUGGCAGGUGGAGUUAUAAAUCUUAUGCAAGAGAGUGGAGAUAGUGGGGAGGAGUCAGUAGAACACAAUAUGCCAGCCCUCUCACUACCAUCCUAUAUGUCGGGUUAUGCUGUGAAACAAGGAGCAGUGAGAAAAAACUGGAAGAAACGCUACUUUGUGCUGGACACAAAUGGUUUAUCGUAUUUUAAACAUGACCAGGAUAAGGAACCAAUAAAGACAAUACCACUGACAGAUAUUCAAGAUGCCAGACUUGUAGAAGGUCAACAUCAUCCUCAUAGACAGAAUUUGUUUGAAGUGGUUACUACAGACAGAACAUUUAAUAUACAGUGUGAUAGCCGUACUGACAGUGAAAGCUGGGUCUCACAUAUCAAUAAAUUUGCGAAACAAGUCAUUACAUCACAUGUUGGCUCACCUGAUAUACACUGAAACAUUACAAGAACAGAUUACAGCCCUGUGACAGAAUAUAAGACAGAGCCUUUGAAGAAGUUUACAUCAAGCCAGCCACCAGCCUCAUCACAGGAAGAGGUGAAACCUAGCAAAGCAGUAUGGGUAUGACCUUGACAUUGAAUGACCUCAGCAUGACCUUUAGACAUUGAAUGACCUCAGCAUGACCUUUUCCACUCUGAUCUGAUUGCUUGAUAUUAUAUGUUGAUCUAGACUAGAAUAAUGUUAUGAUCUAUGCAGUAUGUUUGAUAACCUGUUUAAAUGUUUAUAGAAUGUGUCCUAUAUUGAAACAACAUAUCUAAGAUCAAGUGUUAUUUUAUACCUGAAAAAAAAGGUUCUAUAAAUCGAAGAAUUGUUCAUGUUUUAUAUGUUUUGAUUCUUGUAAUUGUCUUAAAUUGUUUGUUUGUCUUUUAUUGUUUGUUAGCUGAACUUAACUCUACAGCAGAUACUUUUAUUUGUUACAGAUUUAAAACAAAACAACAAAAAAACAACAUUUUAUUAAUACCAAAGAAAGUAAAAAAUUGAAUGAUCUCUAUUCCAUUCACAACUACCUAUUGAUAUUCAUUUUGUAAACUUGUAACGAGAUGAAGGCGCCUUAUUAGGCACUUCCUGUAACUUUAUAAAAUUAUACAUAUUAUCAUAAUAGACUUGUGACCUUACAUCUUCAGUUGUAACUAACAUUUUCUCUUAGGUUUAUGUGCAAUGGUUCCUUGUUUUUAUUUGUUAAAGAAAAAAUUUGGAGACAUUUUCUUUAAAUUAAUAUUCAGAAAACAGGAAAACCCAGUUUUGUUACCUCUGUUUAAACCCUAAGUCUGUUGGAUUCAGUCUGAAUCUAUCCAUGCAGCUAGUGCAGACCAAAAAUAAGCUGGCACAUCCGUGCUGUCUGAUCAUGGUCGGCACAGUUACCUAUUCAGUCAGAAGUUUUGGUCCAGAUUGAAAGAUGUAGAAGUUCAUUUAAGAUAUUUGUUUUAGUAAAGGUUAAGGUAUGAUAGUCAUAAUUACUGUUAGAAAUAGGUAUGAAACUUCAGAAUCAUCCAUUAAAGCUGCCUCCAGAUGAGCCUAAAUAUUAUUAAAAUCAAACUUGAGAUAACUGUACUAAGAUUUUAGGAAAAGUAAAAAGAUUAAAAAUUUAAUAAUUUACAUGUAUUGUGCAGUUAAUAAAUGAUUUUUUCAGUAUUUCUAACCAUAUUUCUACUGUGUUACUAAUGCAGUAAAGGCUAUUUCGAAUAUUUUUACCUCAUUUUGGUAAUUUACAUGGGUCGUGAGUGCUGUUUGUAAUUUGUAAAUUACGUCCUUUUUGUUACUAAACAAUAUUUUACUUUCAAAUACAUUUUCAAAAUUUUCAUGAAAAUUAGAUGUAUCUGGAGGCAUGCUGCUUUAAAGCUGAACGCCUCCAGAUGAGCCGAAAUAUUUCAAGAAAAUCAAUAUUGAGUAAAAUGUACUAAAAUUUUAAGAAAGGUAAAAAAAUCAAGAUCGAAGUUUAUUUUACAUGUAAUGUGGGGUUUAAGACUGAUUUUGCAGUAUUUAUCACCAUAUUUCUAAUGCGUUACUAACGCUGUAAGGGUUUUUUUUUGCAUAAGAUGACCACUUUUUAGUAAUUUUCUUGGAUUGUAAGUGCCGAUUGCAAAACGUAAAUUACUAUUUUUGUUCACCUUACAAUAUUUUACUUUCACAUACAUUUCUAAAAUUUUCAUGAAAAUCAACACGAAUCUGGAGGCAUGCUGCUUUAAGUCAGUCACAUGUCUUAUAGUUUAAAUUUAAAAGCAAUAUACAUUGUACAUGUUAUUUUUGGGUUUUAUCUUUUUUGUCAUAAGUAACUGUUUUAUCAUUAAUCAAAGGUUUUAUGUAGAUAUUUACAUGUAUUGAAUUUAUUGUUGAAAUGUAUCAAUUUGAACAUAGUGCCAUCAAGUACAAUUACGGGUUACACACUGUAAGAAAUGGUGGAAACUUGAUCAACGAUAGUCUAUGAAAAUUU